AUGCCGAAACUUCUUCGUUUGCUCACGGUUGCGGCCCUGCUCUGCGUGCGCCCUUUUGUCUUCACCAACGCUGCCAACACCCCGCCCAGCGAUCAGUUUCGCUUCAGCCUCGAUGAGAGCGGCAACCUUCAUAUCAAUGGCACCGUCUCCCCGCCUGGCAAGAUCCUGCUCAAUGGCGUCGAUGUGCUCGCUCAGCUCGCCGCCUUGUCCGCAUAUGCCAACAACACCACCCACACCCUUGCCGCCCUGCAGACCCAAGUCAAUGCACAAGCCCAGCAGCUUGCUCAACUCAUGCCAACGCCGAUUACUGCCACCACUGCAUGUGUUAUUGGGGGCUACGAUUCCACGACCAACCUCUCCUCCGUCCGUUGCACUGAUGGCCAAACAUGGAGAGACGGCCCAUCCUUACCCCACCCCCGGUGGCGCGCCGCUGCUGUAACCCACAAUGACCGCAUCGUCCUCCUCGGUGGCCUCACUCCCCAACAAGACUCCAGUCACACCCCCACUCUUGUGCUUGCUUCCCGCACCGGUGGAUGGACGACCGGCUUGGUACCCGAUCUGCCGCAACAACGGUACGAUUUCGCCGCCGCCGUCUUGGCAGAACGCAUCUGGGUUGUUGGGGGCCGCAUCAGUGGCGUGCCCACCGCCACCGUCCUCUCGUGGGGCCCAGGCGAGGCAAAUUGGCGCUCCGAACCCUCGCUGCUCCAACCUUUGUUCGGGCACAUGACCGUGGCUCACAACAACACACUGUUCGUCAUUGGCGGCUACAACCACGACCACGCCGCUUCCCGCCAAGUCCUCACACGCCCGCCCUUACCGACUGGGGCCCCAUGGUCCUUGGGCCCGAGCCUUAACACUUCUCGCGCAUUUGGAGCAGCUGCAGUAUUUGAUAACACCGUCUUCGUCCUGGGAGGCGAAAAUCAUAUCCAAACCCUCGCUGGCUCCUUUGAACAACUCACCCCCGUGGGCUGGUCCCUGUUCUCCUACGAGUUUUCAUCCGUUGGACUUACCCACUUUGGUGCCGCUGCUAUCCAAGGCAGCCUUUGGAUUUUCUUUGGCAUCAGUCAUUUUCCAGGCAUCAACAUCAUCGGGGGCGAAACCGCCGUGCUUGACCUUGCUGGUGGGGUUUGGCGGAAUUUGGGACCCACGGAUGACUCCCGAGCUGGUUUUGCGCUAGCCACAACAACAUGGUAA